UGAAAAUCAUGCACACAUUUUGUCACAUAAACUUGGCAGCACUUUCAACAUAAAUUGUCAUAAUUACUGUUAUUUCUCUAAAGAGCUCAGCAAGAGGGAAAGGGAGGAUAUGAAUCUUGUGUAUAACAGAAAAAAAUAUAAACAUAAACAACAGAACGAAAAUAGCAUCGACACGAAAAAAAAAUCCGGCCGGUCUGUGCCUGUUAAAUAAAACAUUAAUUUCAUUACACAAAUUAAUUGAAAAUCCAUUCUAAAUUUGUUUAUUAUCAUUGCAAAUAAAGAUAACAAUCGAGAAAAUGUUAAAAUUGCGUUCUCCGGUGCGCGAUAUACCCGGCACAAUGUCCGAUCUGGGCUGUAUCUCAUUUGUAUCGCUGUUCAUUCCCCUCUGCUUUGUAUUCCAAUUGUGUGUAGUACUGCCCGAAUUCCAUGAACCGGGCAGCUUAAUGUUUAUUUUAACCUGGAUUGGUGGAUUGUUUGUUGUCUUUCAAAUUGCUGGGAAUUUUCUCGCCUGCAUGUUGGUGGACACCAGUAUAAGAGCCACCAUUCUCACACCACCGCAAGAACCGCAACUUCGCAAAUUAUGGCGUUUUUGUUCGCUGUGUGAAACACUGGCUCCCAUACGAUCGUGGCACUGCGAUUCCUGCAAAACAUGUGUUCUAAAACGUGACCACCACUGCAUAUUCACCGGCAAUUGUGUGGGUUAUCGUAAUCAACGUUAUUUCAUUCUAUUCCUGGUUUAUGUUAUCAUUGGCUGUUCGUAUUGUUGUCUCUAUAAUUGUGUAUAUUUUUGGUAUUUACACAAAGAUAUCUAUUUAAAUUCGCGUACCCUAAUGAGCCUCAUAUGCCCAUUUGUGGGUUUCUUUUUCGAUAUAUCAUGGAAAAAUGUAUAUCUACUCACAUAUGAAUUGGGUUUUAUAUCUUUGUUGUAUGCCCUGAUUUUGUUUCUAUUCCAUUGGCCAAAUGUUUUAAGGGGUUCGACAACACAUGAAAGUCUGUCGGCGAAGUAUGAUAUGGGUCGUGAACAAAAUUUAGAAAUGGUAUUUGGUAAACGUUGGCGUUUGGUAUGGCUGUCGCCUUUGUUGGAGAGUGAAUUGCCUCAUGAUGGUGUCCACUGGGAGUCGUUGUUAAGACAAUCUAGUAAAAAUCGUUAAGCAAUGGAAUUGAAAGAAUAUCAAAGGUUUCAAUUUAAGUUUUUUCUAUAUAAAUUGUGAAUAAUUUAAGAAUUUAUUUUAGCGAAAUUUUGUAGCAAAUAAAUGAUAAUUUUAUUGUAAGAAAA